AUGAACGAGGGUGAACAGGGCGGCCGAGGACCCGAAGGGGGUACCCCUUCAGCCCUUCACCAUUCACUUUCCCCUCUAGCCUCACACCCCCCUUUAUAUUCCGCUUCACGUGGGGUGCGGGGCGGGAGGGAGGGGGAGAGCAAGGGAGGGGGGAGGCUAGGGGAGGGGGCGGGAAAGCCGAGAAAUGCCCACCUUCUCCGGACAACUCCGAAGCCACCUCCACCCCUCCUCCCGCCGCAGCGGCGGCGGCGGCCGCUGCAAAACCCUCCCGGUGGCUCUGCACGAAGGCAGCGCCGAGCGAGUGUCGCCUUCCCCUCGCCACCCCCAGCGCCGCCGCCGCCGGCGAGCCCCGAGCUCAGUGUCGCUCAAACCUCCCCUCCCAGCCCCGCCGGCCCCGCUCGGCCCUCCCCCCACGCCCCGCGGACCCUUUCAAACCCCCUGGGCUCGCGGCGGCUGCUGCUCCCUGAGGAAACGCUGGCCGCGGCUGGGGCCGGCGCGGCGAGGCUCGGAGCGGGGCGGCGGCGGGGCGCCCGGUACGGUGAGCCCAGCAACGAGGCGCGGGCGGGCGCGCAGAGACGCCGGGUCCUCGCGGAGCACGGCAGGGGCGCGGCGGCGGCGGUGGCAGCGGGAGCCCAGGGACCGCUCCAUCACUGGCAGCCAUGGAGCCCGAGCAUUUUCCUCCCUCCGGGCAGGCGCCUCGGCUCGGCACACGUCCUGGGGGAGGAAGGGGCCGGCGCCCGAGCCUCCCCGAAGGGCGGCGGGACGUGCGCUAAGCGCCGACGGUGCGAGCCGCUUCUCGUCCUCUUCCUCCGCAGCCGGCUCGUCCUCACCCCGCUGCUCCCGCGGCCCAGGCAGGAGGGGGCCGCAGGCAGCGGCGACGACUCCUUUCUCGGCGGCGUUGGUGGCCAGACAGGCUGGUGCAGCGACUGCAGCCGACGCCGUUCAAAGGAACGAGAGCUGGUUGGAAAGCCACUGAGAGAGAUCUCCGGAAGACUGAGCAGAACUGCUCUCUUACCAAACCUCUUUGCAUCGAAAGGACCCACCUUUGUCUCUGACGUGACUCUUGAAGUUUUUAUUUGUCUGGGAUGCGGAAAGCAGGAAACAGAGAGAGGAUGAUAAACCAGUGGUUUGAAUGCCCUGGCUGGGGACAUGAUUAUUCUGAAUAAAAGUGGAAUUCUCUCCACAAGGAAGAAGAAAGGAAAAGAUCUCAGGACGUCUCCAACGUUGCAGCUGUUAAAGAUGAAGAGGGCAGAGGUGAAGAAGGCAACUUGGAGAAGGUGGCGAAAAAAGUACAUUUUCCCCCGGUCCCUAGCAGUAAAGGAAAUCCACAUUGACUGAGUACCCUCCCGGGUGAGUCCUGGCCUGGGAACUUUCACAGAACUACUGUCCUGAAUUGCUACCACCGUCCUGUGAAGUAGAUAUCAUUAUUCCCAUUUCACAGAUGAGAAAAGCUGAGGCUCAGAGAGAUGGAGUCCUUGGUCUAAGAUGUGCAAGGUCUAGCAGAGUACUCAGUAAACAUUUGUUGAAUGAAUGGACCACCCAGGCCACGUGCUUUCCAGUCUCCGGUGGGUUGUAUCCUUGUGCCCUGUUUUUACCAGCAGCCUUUUUGCUAUCGAGAGGAGCCUUCUGCAGUUGAGCCAUGGAGCAGUCACAACCUCCAACAUGGUCGCAGUAAUAAAAAAUGCAAAAAGUGGCUGGACCAAAA